AGUAGACGUAAGCAAAUCAUUUGACGCAUUCUUGAUAUUCAAAUAACUCAAAUCGAUUAUUUAAUAAACAGUCAUUUUUCCUUAAUUCAUUAACAACUCCAUCUUCAUACAGGUUGACUUAUGGACCUGGUGAUAAUAUUCGGAUUAUAAUAUAUAUAUUUCAUUUCUGACAUGUUUGUAGAUAGAUUUAUGUAUACCAGUAAAUUGUAACUACACCGGUAGUUUGUGAUAAAAGCAUUUUCACUUUAGCAAUAGUGUUUCGUUUUAAACGAGGGUUGAUUAUUAAUUAAGAAUAAAACCAAAAUGCUAACUAAAAUUUUGUUAUAUACGAUAUUUAUUGCGAUGUGUUCGUCCCAGAAUACUUCAGGUGUUCCUGCUGAAGAUCUGGAAUUUCUAAGAGAAUGUUUCAAGGAUAUUCCUGAAAAUGAUAGAAAACAAGUGCUGUUUCAUCAUUUAUUUUUGGGAUAUAUACUAAAGAAUCCGGAAUUGGAGCCAAAAGGAUACAAUCUGGAUAAAAAUGCAACAUUGAAAGUAUACGAUAUUUUCUUGAACAAAUUCCGAAGUAAUCAAGCAUUUUCAACAAUUUGUUUCGCUAGUGGAACUUGUAUAGAUCCGUCUGAUUCAGGAAUAUAUCCGUAGAUGUGUGAACCAAAUAGAGAGCCAUACAAAUUUAUUAUAAGAAUGUUAUAUUUCUGGAUAACUUCCAAUUAAAAUCUUUUUUAUAGUCUUA